UUUUAGGAGCUGAGGCAAAAGAAUGAGUGGAAAUAUUGUAUUCACAACAGCUGAUUAUGAAGACAGUGAUGAUGAGGAUUUUGAUGAUGUGGAGGAAUAUGAGGACAAUAUGGAAACAUUUUCCUCAAUUCCUUCAACAAUAGCAACACCAGCAGGCACCUCAGCAACCCCAGCAUACUGCACAGUUGUGCAACCUAAUGUGACUCCCCAGUCAGACACUGCUUCAGGGUUCACAGGGCAAGGAUUUUUAUCCCAAACUUUUCAGACAUUAAGCAAUGUUGUGCAACAUGGUGCCCAAAUGCUUCAACCCCAGCAAUUACCUACCGGACUGGACGAUGAUGUAAUUUUGACAAAUGAACCAAAUACUCCCCAAACAAGACAGAGUGGGCAAGAGUUUGUUCCUCUUCAUCGGCCACCAAUAGUGCUUGAGACCACCAAUUAUCUGAGUGAGGAACAGUUAAAUUUAUGGCAUGAUUUUUUCAAUGUUACUCCAAUAAACUCAGAAGAUUUCUUCGUGGAGUACAGUGCAUACUACUCAGCCAGAAGGACUUUAUGGAAUCGAGGUUGGGUCACCAUCACAGGUUUCCCUGGUGAUGGAAAGAGAGCCCUAGCUGAGCAUCUUCUCAUAAAGUUUGUCAAGAAACCUGAGAGACUCGUUCCAAGACCAGAAUUGAGACAUAGGAAUGAGUGGGAAAGAAUAGCAUUAGAUGAGGAAGACAGGGAACAAUACACCGUUGUGACUGUCAACUCUUAUGAAGAAUGGCGACGCAAAGUGAAUCCUAACAAAAAACAGUGCGUACUGAUGGAUAAGAUUUUUGGUCCUGCCACAUACACUGUUUCAAAGGUGGAAGAGUGGAUAAAUCAUCUCGAUGAAAUUCUCGAAACUGCUGUCCAAAAUAGACCUAAUACUUUAGUUAUCAUCACUUUUCAAAAGCAUCAACUGGAGAAAAUUCACCCAAGAGUAACAUUAAGUCCUCUUUUUCAAACACAACAUGUAAUUGAUCUCACAUUAGACAAGUACAAGCCUGGUAAUUAUGACAGGAUGAAGAUUCUAGAAGGUUGCUGUGGAGGAAAACAUGGUUUAUCUUACAGAGAACAGGAUGAGAUUGAGAAAGCUAAUAACAACUCGUAUGCCUAUCAUAGCCGUCUCUAUGCAGGUGUUAAGAGUUUUCACAUGGAAGGUCAGCAGUACUUCAAAAACCCUGAAAAAUCGGUGGAAACUGUGCUUCAGAAGGUAUAUAGUUUUGAUAAAAUCAUUUACUACACAUUGGCAUGUGUGGGGUUGUUGGAUGGAAAUAUUGAACUUGACAAAGAGAGGUUUGAAGAUUAUACAGAAUUUCAACAAAACAUUUUUAGGCAACUUAGAAUGGCUUUAAGUGUACCGGAUGAUGUGAGUUUGGAAAAGAUGAGGUACGCUUGUACUCUUCUAUCAGGUGUGUUUCUUGAACCAGUUCAGUUGCAUCAUUGGAAAUUCUGCCAUGAAAGAAUGUUUUUCUUUGUUACUGAUUCCGUAUUUAGAAAAAUUCCUCAAAAAAUUCUGGAAAUCUGUAGUUUAGAUUUUUUGAAUGAACGCAUCAGAACAUCAAGUUACUUCACAAUAACUAUGGAAUCUAAUUUAAGUGUUUGGAAUAAAGACUAUAGUGCACUGAGUCAAAGGCUUGUAUAUGAAAUUUUAAGAGGCAAUGUUAGACUUAUAGCGUCACAUCCAAGUCUAUGUGAUGUGCGAUUUGGAGAAGCCUUUGUCAAAUUUAUGGGGGAAAUGGGAAGUCUGCAACCUGUCCUCCAACAAAGGGGAGAAUAUAAUCGUUCAUUCUUCUUUUGGGUCUGCUACUAUGGACAAGACCAAACCAUCAAGCAUUUAAUAAAACAUGAUGAUUUUAAAGACAUCAAACAACAGGAGUGGUUCAAGGAAGAGCUCUAUAUAUCUCUGUUUGCAGCCUGUUACGGGAAUGGCAUGAAUUACGGAAGAAUUGUGAAAAUGCUGAUAGAAGAAGGAGCUUCAAUGACUGCCACUGACCCAUUACCAGAUGAAGACUUUCUUGUUCUAUAUGGGCAGGAGAUAUUUGAUUUGGUUAGGAAGCUCAAAGCCCCACUGCUUCAUGUUGCAGCAGUGUAUGGAUCACAUGAUACCAUGCAAAGUUUGAUAGAGAAUGGUGCAAACGUCAAUGAGAAGACAGAAGAUGGAUUUACAGUUUACCACAGAGCUGCCAGAAAUCCAGAUGAUGGAGCACUAAGAGCCCUUUUGAAGUCAAAACCAGAUAUAAAUUCCAUAAAGAGUGCUACUGGAAGCCUGCCAAUUCACGAAGCCAUAAGAUGUGGGGGAGAAAGUGCAACACGUCAGCUCCACUGGAGCGGAAGUGACAUCAAAGACAAUUACAAAAUGGAUGAUGGCAGGUCAAUGCUAGCUGCAGCAACUGGUGUUGGGAUAGAAGGAAUUGUCAGGACCAUUACGAAUGCAAUGACAAAGCAAAAGCCUGAGGGAUGUCAAGAUAACUGGCCAGCCUUACAUACUGCGUGUGCAUUUGGAAAUCUUGAACUGGUUAAGACUCUACUAGAAAGAGAUAUACCUGUCAAUGCAAAAGGCCUUGGUGGAUGGACUGCUCUCCAUUUUGCAGUACUUUUCAAUCAGCAAAGAAUCAUAAGCAUGUUGCUAGAUAAAAAUGCAGAUGUCAAUUGCCAAGCAGAAGACAAGAAAACCCCUCUGCAUAUUGCAGCAGAAAAUGGAUAUUGGCAUCUGGUCGAUUUUCUGUUGGAUAAAAAGGCCACUCCAGAAAAUACCACAAAAGAGGGCGACUUUGCAAUAACAUCAGCAGCUCUAAAUGGCCACAUAGAAAUAGUCAAAAAUUUGAUCGAAGAAGGGAUAGAACUCGAAUUCCCAAAAGAGCGGGAGGAAGAUCCAUAUGAAAGAGAGCGAAUGUACCGAGUGAUGAUGAUGCAUGCACGGGAGCGCGAGCGGGAACGGGAAAGGAUGAAAAUGCGAAAUAGGAAAGAUUUCAAAGAUACGAAGAAAUAAUUGUUUAUGCUAAAGAAAUCGGGUUAAAUUUUUGAAAGAGCAAUGCUGCAGAGUUGAUAUGAUGAAGAGCAAGGAUGCAAGGUGGAAAGUUAUGGAGUAAAAUCAUUGUCUAAAUGUUCAGACUUUGAUUUGUGGGAUAGUUGUCGACCGACUUUUGACGUUCGUGAAGCAGUGCUAGCCUCCUUAUGGAUGCCCAGUGCCUUCAGUAUUGUAUGGUACUGAACUGUUUGUUAUCUUGUCUAAAAAAGCAGCAAAACAUUUCGCUCAUUAUUCUUAAAAAAAAAUUAUAUAGCUCUUUAACUUCAGUUAUGUGAAUUCAUUUUAGUGCAAAUUUGUUCAAUCGC